GUCGCCAUUACCGACUGGAAUGAGAGGGGAGGGAGUCAGGCUCGGAUUACCAGCAAACCACAAAUACUGUUAAAACAGGUUAAAACUCUUCUUGUCGAAAAUCUCUCGGAUUCUUCCCGACGCCCGAACCUAAGGAGCGUUUGGAAUUGUGUUCCUUGUCCGACUAGGUGGGAUUAAAGAGGGGAUAUUGGGAAUGCCUCCUCCUCUCUGUGGUGUCGGGAGCAGGGAGCGACCAUGUUAGGUAGGUGAUACCCAAGGGCAAGUGCAGCUGCCCCGUGGCGGAUGGUCCUGAGGAAAAGGAAAAACGACCGAGUGAGUUCCGAGUGAGACAUGGAAAUGCAUCACCAGUAGCAAAUGGAACUUCAUCCUUGCCUUGCUGGCAGACUUUGCUUGGAGUGACAACGCAAUGAGAGGGGCGGUAUAAUGGCCAAAAAUAAGGAGCCCCGUCCGCCGACAUAUGCUAUCAGCGUUGUUGGGCUCUCAGGCACUGAGAAAGAAAAGGGCAACUGUGGUGUAGGCAAGUCCUGCCUGUGCAACAGAUAUGUGCGCCCCAGCGCGGAUAGCUACUACUCGGAGCACACUUCUGUGUUGAGCACAAUUGACUUUGGAGGGCGUGUGGUGAAUAAUGAUCACUUUCUGUACUGGGGGGAAGUACUACACAGAGGGGACGAUGGCCUUGAGUGUAGAAUUCAAGUCAUUGAACAGACUGAAUUUAUUGAUGAUCAGACCUUUUUGCCUCAUCGGAGCACAAAUUUGCAACCGUACACUAAGCGGGCUGCAACUACAAAGCUGCAGUCCGCUGAGAAGCUGAUGUAUAUUUGCACAGAUCAGCUUGGCUUGGAGCAGGAUUUUGAUCAGAAACAGAUGCCAGAUGGGAAGCUGAAUAUUGACGGCUUUGUCUUGUGCAUAGAUGUAAGCAAAGGAUGCAAUAGAAAAUUUGAUGACCAGAUGAAAUUUGUCAGUAGCCUUUACUCACAAAUUACCAAGUCAAAAAAACCCAUUAUAAUUGCUGCAACAAAAUGUGAUGAGUGUGUAGAGCAAUAUUUAAGAGAUGUCCAAACUUUUGCUGCAAGCAAAAAGAAUCUUCUGGUGGUUGAGACUUCGGCUCGAUCGUCUGUCAAUGUGGAGCUCUGUUUUAAUGCUCUGACCCAGCAAAUGGACAAAACACGAGGCAAACCCAAAAUUAUCCCUUAUUUGGAAGCUUACAAAACACAGAGACAAUUAGUAGCCACUGUCUCAGACAGGUUUGACAAACUCAUUGUGCAAACCGUUAAAGAUUAUCACACAAGUUGGAAAAUUGUGAGCAGUACUUUGAAAAACCACUCAGACUAUGAGGAGUACAUCAACUUGGAAGGCACCAAAAAGGCUAGGAGCACCUUCUCUAAGCACAUUGAACAGCUGAGGCAAGAGCAUAUCAGGAAGAGGAGGGAGGAUUACCUCUCCAGUCUGCCAAAAAUUUUGAACAAGUUGCUUAACAACUUAGAAGAGAUUGAGAACCUGAGCUGGGCAGAUGCCCAGAACCUCAUGAAGAGCAGGGCUGAGUUUCAGUACUACUUUGUUGUGCUAGAGCAAACCCCUUGGGAUGAGACAGAUCACAUUAACAAAACGGAUGACAGAAGAGUGCCCUUUGACAUCCUCAAAACUUCAGAAGGCGAGAGGAUUUAUCAAAACCACGUCCAGCACUUGAUAUCAGAGAAGCGGCGACUGGAAAUGAAGGAAAAAUUCAAGAAGACACUGGAGAGAGUGCAUUUCAUAAGUCCUGGCCAACCCUGGGAGGAGGUUAUGUGUUUUGUCAUGGAAGACGAGGCUUACAAAUAUAUAACCGAAGCUGAUCGCAGAGAUGUUUACGGACGACAUCAGCAGGAAAUUGUUGAAAGGGCCAAAGAGGAAUUUCAGGAAAUGCUGUUUGAGCAUGCAGAGUUGUUUUAUGACCUGGAUUUGAAUGCCACCCCAAGCUGUGACAAAAUGAGUGAAAUCCACGCUGUACUUAAUGAGGAACCCAGAUAUAGAGCUCUUCAGAAACUCGCCCCAGAUAGGGAGUCCCUUUUACUGAAACACAUUGGGUUUGUUUAUCACCCAACCAAGGAGACAUGCCUGAGUGGGGCGAGCUGUGUGGAUCUGAAAGUUGAGCAGGUCCUUGCAAACAGGCUUGUUCAGCUGGACCAUGGUCGUACAAGUCUGUACUACAACAGUGCCAAUCUUGAUAAAGUCAACUUGUGUCUUAUUGGCAGAGAAGGACUAGCUCAAGAACUUGCAAAUGAAAUAAGAGCUCAGUCCACUGAUGACGAAUACACCCUGGAUGGUAAGAUCUAUGAGUUAGAUCUCUUGUCCGUUGAUGUAAAUUCUCCCAUGCUUUUGAACCAUUCUUGGGUAUCGACUUUCAAACCUCAUGGGUUCUUCUGUGUCUUUAGUUCAAUAGAGUCACUCAAUUACAUCGGUGACCGCAUAAGCCGAAUCCGAGCUGAGAUCACCCAGAGCAGAAGAGACAGGUUUACCCAGCCAUUGCCAUUUAUCCUUAUCUUAGCCAGUCAGCGAGACAGCGUUUGCAAAAACAUGCCUAUUUUAAGGCAUCAGGGCCAACAGCUUGCCAAUAAGCUACAGUGCACAUUCAUAGACAUACCCUCUGGGACCUUUCCACGAAAGUUUAAUGAGUCUCAAAUAAAACAGGCACUCAGAGCAGUCCUAGAGGGCCUAAAGCACAAUUUUGAUGUGAUGAGCCCAAUGCCCUCCAUCAAAGAUCUCUCUGAAACAGAUUUGCGGAUAGUUAUGUGUGCCAUGUGUGGGGAUCCGUUCAGUGUUGAUCUUAUUCUUUCACCUUUUCUGGACUCGCAUUCCUGCAGUGCUGGUCAGCCUGGCCAGAGCAACACCCUGAUCCUCGACAAAAUCAUUGGCGACAGUCGCAGACGCAUACAAGUCACCGUCCUCUCAUACCACUCUUCAAUUGGAAUCAGAAAGGAUGAGUUGGUCCAUGGAUACAUACUUGUCUAUUCAGCAAAACGAAAGUCUUCCAUGGCUAUGCUGCGCGCAUUCUUGGCAGAAGUCCAAGAUGUCAUUCCAGUCCAAAUGGUGGCCAUCACAGAUAGCCAGGCUGAUUUCUUCGAGAAUGAAGCAAUCAAGGAGCUGAUGACUGAGGGGGAGCACAUUGCCACAGAAAUCACAGCUAAAUUUACAGCGCUCUACUCCUUGUCACAGUACCAUAGGCAGACUGAAGUGUUCACACCAUUUUUCAACGAGGUGCUUGAGAAGAAGAAUGGCAUAGAGAGCUCCUUUAUGUUUGACAACACACGGGAUGGACCGGGCACCACUGAAGAUGUCUUCCCCCAGUCACCUCACAGUCACUCACCAGCCUACACAUACUAUCCUGACUCUGAGGAUGAUGCAGAGGGACCACCACCUUAUAGUCCUAUAGGGGAUGAUGUGCAGCUGCUGCCCACCCCUAGUGAGCGGAAGUAUAGAAUCGACUUGGAAGGGAACGAGUACCCUGUCCACAGUACGCCAGUAGGUGAACAUGAACGCAACCACAAAGUGCCUCCUCCUGUGAGACCUAAGCCUGUGCUAACCAAGCCCAAUGUUAAGAAACUAGACCCCAACCUUUUGAAGACCAUUGAGGCUGGAAUGAGGAGCACCAGGAGAACACGAGGUCCAAUGAUGGUCCAUGGUGAGGAUCUUGAAGCGUCUGAUAAUUAUGCAGAGCCUGCAGACACUCUGCUCAAAUCCAAAGGCUUCAGCGAUGACAUUUACGUUGUGCCAGAGGACACCCAUAGCAGAAUAGUGAAGAUGCGCAACUCUUUUGGUGGGCUUCAUGGGCUUCAUGGCGAUGAGGAGAAUGGUUUUGACCGCAUGUCAAAGUCUCAGGGUGGCCGAAGGCCCUCUAAAUACAAACAUCGUUCGAAGAUCCUUUUUAGCAAGACUAAAGCAUACCAUAGACGAGUUCACUCAGAUGUCAGUGAUGAUGACUCGGGGCCUGCAGUGCAAAAGAAGAAAAAAGGAAGGGGUAACCGGGGCAGUGAAGAAGACCCUCUACUCUCACCCGUCGAUCCUUGGAAAGUAGGGAUAGACAAUCCAGCCAUCACCUCAGACCCAGAGCAGGAUGACAAAAAGCCGAAGAAAAAGAAAGCACCGAAAAAUAAGGAACCCAAAAAGGUAAAAGUAAAGACUACAAAGCCUUUAUAUCCACCAACUCGGAGAAACUGGGAAAGCAACUACUUUGGGAUGCCUCUGCAAAAUGUGGUCACUCCUGAGAGACCUAUUCCAUUAUUUAUUGAGAAAUGUGUGGACUACAUUGAACGCACAGGUCUUACCACAGAGGGCCUGUAUCGUGUGAGUGGGAACAAGACUGAUCAAGACAACAUUCAGAAACAGUUUGACCAAGACCACAGUGUGGAUUUCAUGGCGAUGGAUGUUGCUGUGAAUGCUGUGGCAGGGGCACUGAAGGCUUUCUUUGCUGAUCUACCUGACCCCCUCAUCCCCUACAGUCUCCAUCCAGAACUAGUGGAAGCAGCUAAAAUAGUGGACCACAUCGAAAGACUGCAGGUGCUGAAGGAAAUUGUGAGGAAAUUUCCUCCUGUGAACUAUGAAGUUUUUAAAUAUGUCAUCACCCACCUUAACAGGGUGAGCCAGCAUAGCAAGACCACGCUGAUGACCGCAGACAAUCUCUCCAUCUGCUUCUGGCCCACGCUUAUGCGCCCAGACUUCGAGAACAAGGACACGCUGUCCACCACCAAGCUUAACCAGUCGGUAAUCGAAAGCUUCAUCCAGCAGAGCCAGUAUUUCUUCUAUGACGGCGACAUCACAGAGCCGUCCAGCGCAGAGGGCACACCGCCUCCGCACGGCCACGGCAUGGUGGAGUCCCUGCUGGCCCUCCAGCUCCCUCCCCCAUUGCAGCCGCAGCAGAUCCAGCACCCGCUGCCCUCCGAGCCCCUCAUAUAAUACACGCACAGAUACACCCAAUGACCAUUGCCAUCUCAGCCGACUGCAUCACGCACUUGCGUGGAGUGUCUUUAAAAAAAAUGGGAAAAGGAAAAACGUCAACGCUCAUUUUUAUACCAGGAGGACAGAGUGAUGUGACCGUAUUCGCAAAUAUGCAUUUCUUUUGUUGUUAUUUUUCCCCCUUUUUUCUCUUUUAUUUUUAAACUUUGUCCAGAUUUCAAAUGGUGACUGAAAAAAAAAAAAGUGACAAUUCAAUGUUUGUUAAUGAGAUGUGGUUAACUGGCCUGCUGUGGCAAGCAUGCAGAUUUGACUGCAAUUAUAUGGAAGAUAUAUUUAUACUGCAGUUUUUUUGUUUGUUUGUAAACAAAACUGAACUGUCAAUCAUUCGCUGAAAUGUACACUACAUGCACGAUCUAUUUUAACGGAUUUACCUUUACGUGCCAUUUUGUCUCCCCCCCUCUCAUUAUUUUGCAAUGGACACUUUUCUUUUUUAGAAAAGAAAGAAAAUGGAAAUGUGGUGAUAGUAUCCCAAGGCAUUGUGACAGUUGGGAUGACACCUUGUGACACAAGAUAAAACGGUACCACUUUACUGUAAAGCAGUGUUCAUGAGGCUACAUGAGACCUACAUGACAUCUGAUAAACCUACAUAAACAUUUACAAACACUUCAAUUGCUGUAAAGGUUGCAUUUGCCAGCUUUGAUGACAAGUUGACAAUAUCUAUGUCAGGUGAUAUCAGGCUGUAUUAUAACUAUAGUUGGCUGGUAUAAUAGUUGUAAGGUAUUCAAAAAUAAUGCUGCUGUGUGAUGUGUCAAUUCUCUGAACGGCCAAAUACACACAUCGCACCUAUUUAUAUGUCAGAGAUGCUUAGUGAUUGGUGGUGUGGGAGCUCACCAAUAGCUGUUGCUGACAGAAAGAGGCGAAAAUUUAGAGCCAGAAAAGCCUCAGAAAGCAUGUUUAAAUUCAGCUUUCACUCUUAACCCAAUCACUCAACUUUGCGCUCUCAUAUCAUCUAAAUAGAUGGUAUUUUAGCACCAGUUAGCUUGAACCAGGCCUGUGCUGUGGUGUGAAGAAUGUUUCAAGUCAACAAGCAUUUAUUGUCAUUCCAUCUGUGUACAAGUAGACAGUGGAGUGAAAUUACGUGUUUGGCCUGCUAAGUGAUCAUUAGCUCAGCCAAAACACUUCAAUACAAACACCACAGAACAGGUUCGAUUUUGGCUUUAUUUCAUUCCAACACCAGUUCUAUCAGACAUUCAUUUUUAUCAUCUGCACCUUCUGCAGAGUAUCAGUUAAUAAUUAUCAGACCUGUACUGUAUUGGACGGUUUGCUCUGUAAGCUAAUGCCAAGUUGUCAGAUUAAGCUACAGAUGCAAACGUCACAGAACAGAUUUAUUCCACCUUUCUGUCCUUUCAGCACCAGUUGCUUGACUUUACUCCCACAGAUUUGAGUCAUCUGAACUUGUCUGUACUUAAUUAGCCAGAAUCGAACACGUUCUGUGGGGAGCAGAGCUGUAAUCAGUAAUGUAAUCAGCUAAGCCAAUGUUAACCAGCUCCUCUCUCCUAAAUAGCAGUACUAUUUAUAAUUUAGCGAUAGAUAGAUGGUUUGACAUUUAGUGAAUGAUGGCUUGAAAAAUCAUGCACUGUGUUCACUUUGAAGUUUGAAGAUAUGAAACAAGUGGAUACCCACCAACCCUAGUUAUGGCAUUUUUUGGGGUGACGUUGUAGCUCAGUAUAUUUCACAGUGACAUAAUGAUGCUAAUAUGACACAGCUUGCCAGUUAGGCUGGUUCAACAAAAAAAUUGUGACCCUUAGAGGGAGUUUACAUUAUAACGUCUAUAAGAUUUUAGACAUCACAUCUUAAGCAUUGUCACUAUGAUAUUUACAAAGGGCCAAAGUCCAUUAUUAUAAGACACUGAGCCAUUUUUCUCAGAAAAAAAAGUCAGAAAAAAAAAAUCACCUGAUGUACAUGUUGAAAAAGUCUUUAUAUAUAUUUUUUUUUAUAGUUUUAUGUCAGUUAUUAGCUUAUGUAUGCAUCAUAACCUCAUGAACACAGUCCUGCAGUAAAGUGUUACCAUCGAAAAAGACAACCACACUAGCCUGGGAGGGACCCCAGCAGCGAGAAGCCUGCAGCCCCUCACAGUCGGAAAGCCACAGAAGGGAAAUACCCCACUGGAACUCUAUGGCACAUCUCAGAAACCCAGGCUUUUUUGACUUUGGCUUGGCUAACUUAACCCUGUUGCAGUCCUUUUUUCGGUUUUCUUUUUCUUUUUUCUCUCUGUCUCUUGAAAAAAUAUCUUGCACACCAACAGGCAUUGAAGUAGUUGUUUAUUUGUUUCAUGAACUAAAUUUGCAUGUCAUUUGCCACUUGUAAUAACUGAAAGAUAGAAAGACAAAAGAAAAAAAAAAACAAGCUUAACUGUUUUUAUGCAAGCCUUUUUAAAAAAAAAUCUAACUUGUUUGAGGGAACAUUAAAUUGGGGUAAAACUAUAUUCACUCGUUUUAUCAUGCCAUAGAUUCAUUUUUAAUAUCAUAUUUUGAUUUAGUUUCCCUGAAUAGAGGAAAAUAUAUAAAUAUAAAUAAAUAUAGAUAAAUAUAUAUAAAUAGACUAUAUAUGUCAGCACAGUUUGCUGACAAAUCAUGGGGUACUGGAGCUCUGUAUAAUCUUGUAAAACUUGUAAUCAGAUUUCUUUGUGGUAUGCUGUACUAAAAUUUGGGGUUAGAUUAACUGACUGUUCUUAAUUCCCUUUUUCCCCCCCUUUUUUUUCCUUUUUUUUUUUUUUUUAGAUGGUACUGAAUUUUGUUCCGCUGUAACAGAUGCUGCUUAGAGAGCUUACAGUCUUUGUAUGGAAACUAGCUUGACACAGGGAUGUGUAGAAUCUGUGAGAUUGACAGGGGAAGCUUGUAUGUGAAAGGAUGGUCGCAGAAACGAUAGGGUUUACUUCUCAAAAGCUUUGUAAGACAAGAUUUAUAUCUCAGUCAAAUCAAUAUAACAAGAGGAAAGGGCUCAAAUAGGUUUGGGGGAAGCGCACAGCUGCUAGGAUCCCAUUUGUGUAGUUAGAAAGAGCAACAUUUGUUCAUAUGACCUGCCUCAUUCAAAACUGAUGUACAAACUGAAAAAAAAAAAUUUAACAUCAUCUGCUAUGUAUUAUAGUAAAUAAAUGAUUUUGACAAAUGAA